CGUCUUCUCCCUUCGCUUGUUCUUCUUCCUGCGCCGAGAGAGAGAGAGAGAGAGAGAUGGAUCCAGAUGCAGUAGCAAAGGCAUUCGUAGAGCAUUACUACACGACGUUCGAUGCGAACAGAGGGGGACUUGCUAACCUGUACCAAGAGGGAUCGAUGCUUACCUUCGAGGGCCAGAAGAUCCAAGGUUCCCAGAAUAUCGUCGCCAAGCUCACCUCACUCCCUUUCCAGCAGUGCCAGCAUACAAUCUCUACCGUCGAUUGCCAGCCCUCCGGACCUGCUGGCGGGAUGCUCGUCUUCGUCUCUGGUAACCUCCAGCUCGCUGGCGAGCAGCACGCCCUCAAGUUUAGUCAGAUGUUCCAUUUGAUGCCGACACCGCAAGGAAGCUUCUACGUGUUUAACGACAUAUUCCGGUUGAACUAUGCUUAAGCAGAUCCUCCGGAAACCAACAAAGGUAUUUGUAUUGGAGUGCCAGAAAUCAUUUUGUUAUUUAUGUUUUCUUAGACUGUCAUGAGGAUUGGGUGAUUUGGUCGUCUGUUUGCUUGUUUUCUUUUCUCCAUUCGACGGUCAGAAAUUCCUUUCAGUUGAUUGAAUGGAUUGAUAGAAAGAUGAUAUCAAAUAUCUUACAUUCAAGGGGCUAUUGAUUUGAAGGUGUUUUUCA